CUUCCCACAAUGCUUUGUUUCAAUUGGAAGAGACGAACUGCCCGUUAGCAGAAGAGGCGAAUCAUUUAUGCAAAAAGCCCAGAAAUAGGUUAUUUAUUGUUGGAAAUAUUGCACAGUAAGUUUGAAUAGAAGCAAAGAAGGUGAAGAAGAGCUGUUCGACGUCUGCCUAAAGAGAGGGGCAUGUCUUUUGGUAUUCCACCAAGUCAAGUCAGCCAGUCUAAUGGGCCUAACGUCAAGCCAGGGAAUCAAGCUUUGUUACCAACACCUCCUUCUAUACAGAUGCCUGUGCCCAUGCCAGCUGUUGCGCCACAAUUAAUGCCUGGAGUGAUACCUGUAGCGGUCAUUGCAAGUGCUGCACCAGUUUCAUUUGUUCCGACACCAUCAACUUCAUUGUAUGUUACUCCUUCGUCAAAUUUGACAAACAAGCCCCAAAUCGGUGUGAGAAAACUGAAAACUCUUCCUGAAAAGUCAGAAAUCAAAGUAGAAAUGCCUGAUGUAAAUUCUACAACAACUGUCUUUGUUGGCAACAUCACAGAGCAUGCAUCAGAUUCACUCACAAGACAAAUUCUAAUGAAAUGUGGCCCAAUUUCUAGUUGGAAAAGAGUGCAAGGAGCAUCUGGAAGGCUCCAAGCCUUUGGAUUCUGUGAAUAUACCAUGCCAGAGUCUGCGUUAAGGGCAAUGAGAUUGUUGAAUGGUUUUCAGCUAGGGGAUAAACCACUGCUGGUAAAAGUUGAUAGCAAAACAAGGGCACAGCUUGAUGAAUACAAAGAAAAAAUGAGAGAACAACACAACAAAAAUAGAAGUAAUGGUGAUUACGAUGUGGAACUGGACGAAAAUACCAAGGAAAUGGACGAAGAAUGUCUUCGAGACAUUAGAAAACUGAUAAGUGGUAACUCAAGUGUACUUUCUGGGAGCUAUGAUGAUGCACUGCCGUACAUGAAGCGGAGUCACAGUGGCUGUGCCGAUAACCUUGAAGGACUCGACAUGGAUACUGCAAAGAAAGAUCUGGUUUCAAAGGAAAUUAGGAGCUUUCGACAGGCGUACAGGAACGAGGAAGAGCAGAACAAGAAAGAAAAAGAUCGCGAUAAAGAUAAGGAGAGAGAACGUGAGAGAGAAAGAGAGCGAGAAAGAAGGCGAGAAAGGGAGGAGAGGGACCGCGAAAAAGAACAGGAAAGGAGGCGGGAUCGCAAGCGAAGGGAAGGCGAAGAGUGGAGUGACGAGGACUCACGAAGGUCUAAACGAGGCACGCCUACGCGUGAACGACUUGAAUCAGAAAGAACACGGAGAUCACGUUCACGAUCACGCGAGAGGAAUCGCGGAGAAGAUGAAGAAGAAGGAGAAUAUGAAAAGCGAAGGCUAGAGAGGGUUAAACGGGAAAAGGACAAAGCCUACUUAGAGCGGUUAAAAGAAUUUGAAGCUAGAGAACGAAAGAAGGUGAGAGAGUAUGAGAAGCAGAUGAGUAAGGACAUGAAGAGAAAGGAUGAGGAGGCUGAAGAAAGGAUUCAUCUAAGCGAGUUUCUUGAAGAUUAUGAUGAUGACAGGGAUGACCCAAAGUACUAUCGUGGAAGUAGCCUGAGUCGACGUAUGAGAGACCGAGAACUAGAGGCGGAAAGUGACCACAGAGACAAGCAACGGGAAAUGGAGGAAAUCGAUGAAAUACUUCGAAAACGCUUGGCUGAACCCGCCCCAGAGAAAGAGAAUGAGUCCCCAAAUUCAUUACGCCCGAAACGCGAAAAGACCCCCGAGAAAGCGCCUCCGCCGACAAUGAUGAAACCAACGUUUUCUACUAUCAAGACAGAGGUGGAGUCCCCAGUGCAGGACCAGCUGCCAGCCCCCAGCAAGGGGCGCAAUUCUCCCGCUGUGAAGAGGGAAAGGGACAUUGACAACGAAUCCGACCACCCUCAGAAAAGGACUGCAUUUGGUUUUGGUCUUAAGACCUCCACAGUGUCACAACAAAGCAAUCGAAAACUGGACUCUGUUUUCAAUGCAAAUGAAGAAGAGCAGGCAAAUGAUUCCACGCCCAAAAAGAAGUUAUCAAAAAUAGAAUCAGAGGAAGAGGAGGAGAGAAAGAAAGCUGCUUCUGCUGAUGAAAAGAAAAAGAUCAUCAGAAAUCUGAUCGAGAAAAUCCCUACGGCUAAAGAUGAACUAUUCUUGUUUCCAGUGAAAAUGGACAUGAUUGACCAGAAUUUGGUGGAGAAAAGAAUCAAGCCAUGGGUAAAUAAAAAGAUCUUUGAAUACAUUGGAGAACAAGAACCAACUUUGGUUGAAUUCAUUUGUAGUAAGGUGAUUAGUAAAAGCACUCCAAAAAAUAUUUUAGAAGAUGUUGAAAUGGUUUUAGACGAAGAAGCUGAAGUUUUUGUUGUCAAAAUGUGGCGCCUUUUGAUUUAUGAAACAGAGGCCAAACACCUUGGGCUUGUCAAAUGAACAUUGAUGAAAAAGAGGCCGAAAACCUUGGACUUGUGAAAGAACAUUGCACGCUCCACUGUAAAAGUUGUGUCUCAACUUGAUCACAGGACUGCAGUAAAAUUGAUGCUUGGCAAAAAAGGAGUAAAGGGGAGUACUACGGGAACGCACAGAGGUUGUGGCACUCAGUGAUGUUAUGUCCGCAAAUGAUUUCAGUUUCUUCAGCUGUGACUGCACGUGUCAAUGGAGACAUUCUAAUUGUUCUAAACUUGCCUUUGUUGCUUUUGUUAUUGUAAAUCGUGGAUGUUUUACUGGCUAGGGAACUGUAGAUAAUUAAAAUGAAUUAUAUCCAGGCAAUCGCUAGUAUUCAUAAACCCUGUCUAAUGCAAUACCCGCCCCCUCCCUCUAACAAUUGAGGUAGCUCGUCUUCUAGCACUAAAUAUUAGGUAUUAUGUCAGACCCUGCUACGUACGUAGAUGUCUUCAUUAGGACACGGAAUUCCAGUAGCCCCUUUUAAAAGUAAUA